CUUGACGUCAACAUCCAAGCCACUCAGAUGCUGCCACACCCCAACUACCCCCAUAUGUAUCAAGAAACAGGAUGAUGCUAGUGAUGUCGCGGCAUUGCUGUCUAGUAAAGAUAGAUGUAGAACUUACGAAUGCGCGACAUCAGGGUUCAAUGUUUCGACUCGGACAAUGCAUACCGGGACAAAUUUCCCGAUCUAGACCACCGGUGACGUAUCAUUUCUGAAUAUCACAUUGAUUCGAAGACUCCUAUGGCCAAGAUAUCUCUUCCUAUAUGUAGCUUUGUCUUAUGUAUUUUAAAUAUAUCUCAUGUAAAUAGGUACUCGAGCCCAACGGACCUAAACAUAGACAGUUUAGUCCUCAACUUCCUCCUACGAAGAAUAGUUUCUCAAAUAUUAUCUCCUUUAAUCUAUACUUUCCAUUCUUACAGCUUGAUCCACCCAGAUAUUUCAUCAGUAUAAUCGAAAAUGUCGUCUCUUAGUCCCUCAGGAUCCGGAUCUAGGUCCCGCCAGGGUCGUCGCCGCAGCCGUAACCAAUCCCGACGACAGGAGGCCACCGCGCCACAGCCAGAGCCGCAGAAUCAGCGGUAUGAGGAUGAUGAUGAGAGUGCCGAAGAUGCCGAAGCAGCACCUCAACCACAACGACGGCGGCGUCAGCGCAAUCAGCAGAUGCAACAGCAGCAGACGCAACAGCAGCAGCAGAGCGGGGGUCCGCUCGGUGGCAUUGGCGGAGGUGGUAUUGGCGGCGUUGAUCAGCUGCUCCCCGUUAACAACGUCGGCGAAACCGCAAACAACCUGACGAACUCGGCGACCGGUACAUUAGGCAAUGUUGCCGGCGGUGCCCUCAACCAGGGCGGCGGAGGCAAAUCUGACACUCUACGUCUUAGACUUGAUCUCAAUCUUGAGAUUGAGGUCACAUUAAAAGCGAGGAUCCAUGGUGAUCUAGAGUUAGCUUUGCUGGACACUGCUUGAGCAUGACGCAAAUGAAAACAUUAUUGUAUUUUGGCUGCUUAGAUUUGGGAAGGAAAAAAAGACUGCUGCACACGAAUCGAAUGCCCGAGAUGAUUUUAUAUGUAUACAUACCUCCGGUCAUUUAAAUUUCUAUCGUCUAUGCCAAUCAUGGUAUUUGU